AUGAAGGUGAAUCCCUCAUCUGCAGGCACGAGUAUUGAAAAGGUCAAUGCCAUCAUGGGAACACCUCAAACCGAAGCCACACCAUUGUUCCCACAAGAGGGACCGUCAACAUCAACAACAACACCCUCAAGUCACGCCUUCCAGGGAGAUGAUGAGCCGAGUGCGCUCGUGGAAGGAGAGUCUUCUUUGGCAGCACAUUCCGUCUUCGCCACGGAGUUCCUGCAAAAGGUUGUCAGCACAAAGUCGCUACAGGACUCAAGCCUCGACCUGAGCGAUACUCUCGACGCACUUUCUCAGAUCGUCACAGCUCUUAAGCAGCCAUCAGUUGCGGGAGAGAUGACCUAUCCCUUUGCAAAACCGAUUCAAAGACCGCGCAUCCAGGGUCUUGAAUUACCUCCAAUCCAGAAAGCUGUCAGCACCAUUCGAGUUGCGAAGACCCGCACGGGCAUGGCAUGGGUUUACGACUUCCUGCCCACACGCCGCUUUCCAGAUCUGUGUUUGAACGUCUACUUCUCGGAAAACCAUUCGGAAUUUGACUUCAUCACCGUAAACGGAGGACUCUACUCGCUCUUCACCGACUACGCUGCACAACUCUCAUCGGAAGAGAAAAAAGAGUAUCUUGAGUAUGCCAAAAUGUGCAGAAUCAAUUUGGAGACCAGCCUGUCAAACUUGCCUCUACACCUACCCGCAUCAGCCGACGUCAUCAUUGCGCUCCUCUUUGGUUUUAUCUUCUGGAAUGUCUAUUACAUCGACAAAACCCUUUCACUCCGUCUAGGCCGUGCGUCAACCAUUCCUGACUGGCAUAUCACGAUGCCGGAGCCGUUGUUGGAGGAGCCCAUCGAUAAUCCUCUUGUGCCAUACUACGUUCUGUGGAUUCACACAGCAAAGUGCCAAGGAAAGAUUUACGAAAUGCUUUACAGCCCCGAGUCCGUGGUCCAGCCGUACCACGUUCGUCAGACUCGUGUCCAUGAGUUGGUGUCCAUGCUUCAAGAUAUCGAAACCAGGACGCAGCAAGCCAAUGCGAGAUGGGGCGAGAAGUCAAAAGAAUUGGCCGACGAGUCUUUCAUCGACUUUUAUCUAACUUCGGAUUCCGUACUUCGUCUGUCGCUAUUGACCAUGGUUUACCGAGCCGCGCCGCGAGUUGAGGGCUCCCCCACCACUUUCAGCCCCGAGUGCAUAAAGGCUGCCAGAGCAGCUCUUGAAAAGCACCAAGAAUGCGUGACAAUCAUGCAAAAGUCGCAUGGAGUCUACUUCGUGACCUACAUUCACUGGAUCGUCAUGUUCGCCCCAUUCAUCCCGUUCAUCGUUCUCUUCUGCCAAGUAAUAGAGACCCACGACACUCAAGAUUUGGCACGUCUCCACAGCUUCAUCAUCUUCCUCCAGGAGGCCAACACACUUUCCGACGCAGCACACAAGAUGCACCGCCUCUUCCAGGUUCUCUAUAGUGUGGCUCUACGACUCAUUGAGAUCCGAACGUCCACAUCGCAAGAGAAACAGACACAGGCAAGCGCAGAGAUGGACGCGUACUUGGCGGCAUUGGGCUUCCCGGCGAAGACAGGAAACGGUGCAGGCCAGCAGAUGCAACAAGCGCAACAGCAUCAACAGCAAAACCAACAACAGCAUUCGAUUGGGUAUAAUCAGAAUGCGAACAAUGGGUCUGAGAUGGCAGGAAACGCUGUCAUGUCUGGUAUGGGUGUGGAUGCUAUGGAAGAGGGUCUCAUGAAGCCAGGGAAUCCGAUGAUGUGGAUGACAAACGCUGCUCAGCUGGAAGAUUUCUUUUAUAGUAAUCCGGCCAUGAUGGAUCUUCUGCAAGAUUCGACCUUUGAAUCCACUCAACAAACAUAG